GGUCCUCCCGGAAACCCAGGUCCCCCCGGUCCUCCCGGCCCCCCAGGCACCGGUAUCGACAUGUCGGCUUUCGCUGGCCUGGGUCAGCCGGAGAAGGGUCCCGACCCCAUCCGCUACAUGCGAGCGGACGAGGCCAGCGGUAAGAGCCUCCAUCCCCGCCUCCUCCCCUCACGCGCCUCGGAGGAGAGCGAGGUCCACGGCUCUUCUUGUUCUCGCCCCCAAAACGUCAUGUUCACGCACCGUUUGUCCUCCCCGCUUGCAGGAGACUACUGGAUCGACCCGAACCAAGGCUGCACCUUGGAUGCCAUCAAAGUUUUCUGCAACAUGGAGACAGGCGAGACCUGCGUCUACCCCAACCCCAGCAGCAUCCCCAAGAAGAACUGGUGGACCAGCAAGACCAAAGACAAGAAGCACGUCUGGUUUGCAGAGACCAUCAACGGCGGCUUCCACUUCAGCUACGGCGAUGAAGACCUGUCUCCCAACACGGCCAACAUCCAGAUGACCUUCCUCCGCCUCCUGUCCACCGAAGGCUCCCAGAACGUCACUUACCACUGCAAGAACAGCGUCGCCUACAUGGACGAGGAGACGGGCAACCUGAAGAAAGCCAUCCUCAUCCAAGGGUCCAACGACGUGGAGAUCAGAGCCGAGGGCAACAGCAGGUUCACAUACAGCGUCUUGGAGGACGGUUGCACGAAACACACUGGCAAAUGGGGCAAGACAGUCAUCGAGUACCGGUCGCAGAAGACCUCGCGCCUGCCCAUUGUAGAUAUUGCACCUAUGGACAUUGGUGGAGGCGAUCAGGAGUUCGGCGUGGAUAUUGGCCCAGUCUGCUUCUUGUAAAAAGAAUUG